UUGCAACCCCUUAUUCCUUCGUCUAAUUUUUCACCUUUUUAUGCUAGUGCACAAUGUCUGUCCCCGUCGGACUCCAACUUGGUGUUGAACUGACCAACUUUGUCGGUCCCUUGACCAAGACAGCCUUGAGGCUUGGGACACUUGCUGUUCGUGAAGCGAUUGAGAGAUCCGGCUCUGACGAACUCACCGAACUCAAGCUUGCACAUAUUCUAGGUCGGCAUCGACUGGACCCAGCCAUUGCCACGCACUUCCGCAGCAUUGUGGCAAGAUCAGGUCAUGCUCCUCUCUCUCAGUUUGUCAAAGAGCUUGUCUUGGAGAGCGGCUCGGGCCCGACAGUCAGUCAGGCGCUGGUUAGCAAUAAUGUAGCAUUGUUCUCGAUGGUUGUUCAAGUGUCAUUUCUGGCCUUCUCACAUGACCAUCAAUCACUAUCUCAGGCAUUAACCCAGGCAAUAGACGAUAUGCUCACCGACAGCAAAACAGCUACAAGUCACGGCCUCAACUAUGUCUCGCUUCUCGGUACUGUAGCUUCGUGUCAGCAGCAAACCACGGCCUUUUCCUGGGAACCUCACUAUACCGCCAUUGAGCACAAAAUACUUAAUGAAAUGAAGGCGAACAAUCGUACGACAAGUCGUCCUACUAAGAGGCGCCGGAUUUCUGAGCAAUCAGCUUAUCGCAUGACUCGCAUCCAUCAAGAGUCGGUCGCUGAUCGUGCUCUCCCAUUCGUUAUGUUGAGAGGACUUCUCACAUCUUUGGACUCUAUCCAGAGAUUUCCCGAAGACUGCCUCCUUCAAUUGUCCUGUGAUCGAGGAAUCUCAUCGGUUGUACUCUGGUGUUAUCAUAUCAUGGGCCUAAGUGUGCUGGUUCGGAUAUCUGACGCUACCAUCCACUUCGGCGACGGCCCGUACAACAUCACUAUAGAGCAUUGCAAUACCACUGAUACUUCAGUUGUGCUCCUUCAAAAAGCCGCUGAGAACAUACCGGUCUUCACAUUAACGGCAACCGAUGUUGAUCCAUACAUCCAAAGUGACCUGCGAAGAAAUGCCAAGGGAUUCCUCCGACACGUUCUUGAAAUUCAAGGAGUGGAUGAAGUCGAGCUCAGAGAAUAUGCGUCAAGCCUUGUAUCAGAGUGUUUCAGGCGCUUUGACUCCAACUACAAGCAAAGCUCACGCGAGACUUUUACUUCAAGCCAUUCCCGUGAGGCCAAUUCAGCGGCUCCUCCAAAAGAGGCGAUAGAGUUAGCCUCAAUGAACACCAUAAUCCGACCAGCAAUCAUCGCGACUGCAUCAUUCUUAUUCGAAAUUGAUGAGGCCCAACUCGGCGAUGAUAUUGUGGGAUCAGGGCGCACAAAGCGUAAGCGGAAAAGUUCGCUCUGGUCUGCAGCUAUGGCUCUGAUCUAUGCAUUCUCUCGAGUUCAAGAGUUGACGACUUGUUCUCAGCUUCCGCUCUCUCUAGACGCUUUCGAAGUGCUAACUAAUGAAGAUUAUCUGAAACCCGAGAAGGGCGGCUUCCAUGAACCUAUACUUGAUACAAUCCGCUCUUUUGAGCUGAUUUGUAAGCUACUACUUGGAAGGCUGUAUAGUAACUCCUAUGUUUCAAGGGCGUUUCUCAUCAGCUCCAGGGGCUGGAGCAUCUUCUUGGAUACAAUGGACGCGGUUGAUCCCGCAGAUGUGAAAAGAGGGAGCCUGCAUAUCAGAUUGGGGGUACCGGCACGCAAUGGCAUACGAAAAGCACGUAUUAUUGAUGGAAUGGGUGACUUCAGAACUCAUUCGACAAGGGGAAUUUUGUUGCAAUCUGAUCCCCGUAUAUCCUUUUGGCCUGGUGUAUGGACAGCAAAGCUUGUGGGUACACACAUUGGAUAUCAUGACCACGACGCAUUCACUGCUGUACAAACAUAUGACUGGGCCCAUAGCGGUCAGAAAUGUAAGAAGUGGCGCCUUGGGUUCCGGGAGAAGCAGGAAAUGUCAAUGGGUUCCCAGGUCUUCCGCAAAUGCUCAUGUCCGCGGCUGCAGGAUGCAGUUGAAACGCGCCGUGUGCUUGAUAACUUGUUAAUUUGGCCCAUCAUUGCGAAGCAGGAGGCGAGCGAGAGUCUGGAGAAAUACAUCGCGAAACAUCCCGAGGAUAGCUGGAGCGCAUCUAAGAUUCCAGAGAGAAUCUUCCUUAACGGCGAGUCCUGGUUCUUUUAUGUCACUGGGGAUAGCUCUGCAAGAUGGCUAGGACUAGAAGGUUUGGAACGUCUUGAGUUAGAGGAAAAUGGCUAUCAAUUAAUAAUUCGGGGCAGCGGUUGUUGCAUUCAGUGUGCUAUUCGUCAUAGCCGAAGUAAAGCACUAGUAUUACUAUAAAAGGCUUUUUUAAUUAUUAACUUAUUAUUGUUAUAGUGGCUGAGAAUUCUAGGAGUUUAGUGCAGUUAAGUUAUUACGUUUGAGCCCAUUGAAGGCUCGGUUAUCUAUUGGAUAAGUUUCCAUGUCAAUGGGACAGGGCAUACGGGGACAUGAUAUGCAGGACUUCCUGUGAGGUCUGGAAAGAAGAUGGGAAUGAACAUAUGGCCAUGGGAUCUUUCAUGGACGCCCCCUAAUGAUGAGGAAUAGAGUAGGUUAUAUUUGAGUAGAUACGUAAAUGGAUCGAGUAGUUGCAUUUAUAAUUGAGCGAGGAUAUUGCGGCACUAAAAUAACAUGUCAAUCUACCC